AUUUGUAUAUUCAAAAUGUUUAUGAAAUCCUCGAUUUUGGCUGGAAUAAAUUGCAUUAAACAAUGCACAAUAUCAUCGAAGAAUGCGUUCAUACACACAAGCGUGAUAUUGAGAAAAGCGGAAGACCGCAAGGAAAUGUUGGCUUCGCUGCCGGCUAAAGACGAGGGCACCGCUGGCGAAAAAUCUGUCGACAUCGACACGCUGUUCAACCGACGAGCAAAAUCCUUCCCCGAUGCGACGACUGCCACCAUGCUCUUCAACGGAAUUCCCUUCAACGAGCUGCCCAUUUGUAAUAUCCGGGUGUCCCCCAAUAACACAAUAAUAUCGGUGACGGACUAUAAAGGUGUGCCACGCCUGAUACGAUCUUGUGGAAUUGAAGGAUUUAAAAAUACCAGAAAAGGAACGAAUAUAGCCGCACAGGCCACUGCGGUUACAAUAGGCGCGAAAGCAGUUGAGCUUGGAUGGAAAACAAUUCGAGUGAAAGUACGUGGACUGGGACCCGGAAGAAUGUCGGCCAUCAAAGGCCUGCAAAUGGGUGGCUUAAAUAUUGUUUCCGUUACUGACAACACACCAGUAUCUUGGAAUCCGCCACGACCUCGCAAGCAAAGAAGUCUUUAAUUGCAUA